AUGGAGAAUUCUUCAGCAUUAGCAUUUUCUGAUGAUGAGAUUCAAAACAACAUGAACAUGGAAAGUUGCACAAUUGAUUUCCCUUUCGCACCUGCCUUACCAUCAUGCAGCGUCUUUAACUUGCCACCACCACCAUCACCACUGUCUGAUCCUCAUAAUCUAAAUGAUGCUUCUUUUGCUGGUUACAUGGAAGAUUUCAAUUUCAACACCUCUUGGUUCCCAUACUACAACUUUGAAACCGGCACGUCAGAAUCACUACCUGCUUGUGCUGCCACCCAAACUGACCUGCAGCUCCCUCCUUUGCCGGUUCUGUCCCCUGCCAUGCCGUCUGAGGCUUUGAAUAGUCAGGCGACUGCUGUAUCGGGUUCCUCUUCGAAUACUUCGUUGUUGAAUGACGCUGGUGCUGUUGCUAACAAACCAGUUGUUGCAGUAGCUGGGAAUGAAGAUGGAGUUCAAUCUGUUGAAGGAAAACAAGCUGAAGCUGAAGUUCGCGAUCACAAUGAAGAUCAUCGAAUCGAAGUGGUGGAGAAUCGAAAUGAUCAAAAUCAGACUAAGAAACCGGUGAAACCAAAGAGGAAGUACAAGCCGAGGCAAAGACCGGCAAAAGUUACUUUCAAGAUGGAAACUGAAGUUGAUCACUUGGAUGAUGGUUUUAGGUGGCGCAAGUAUGGCCAGAAACCGAUCAAAAACAGCCCUUUUCCCAGGAGCUAUUACCGUUGCACCACUCUCGGUUGUGGUGUAAAGAAGCACAUAGAGCGUUUUGCGCCGGAGCCUUCCAUGCUGCUAACCAGUUAUGAAGGAAGCCACAACCACCUAGCUCCGAUGGUGACUCGUACUGCUAGACUCGAAAUCAUGCAUGAUGAUGCUAUUGCUGCUGGUGUCCAGAAAAUCCACCAUAACCAGAUCAAAGCAAAUGGUGUUGGUGUUGCUGGAAACCAAUUUGCAAUGUCUCAGUCGCUACCGCAACAGUUUCAGAACCAGAAUCAGAAUGUGAUCCUUCAGAAACCUGCAUUGCCAUCUUUGUUGUACAAUAAUGAUUAUAAUAACUCCUUCAACAUUGCUUCAACAAUGAAUGUUAACUCUGCUGACAACUUUCCACCUUUGAAUGUUGUUAACUCUCCUGCAGCUCAUAAUUCUCCACCUAUGAAUGUUGUAAGCUCUUCUGCAGCUCGUAAUUCUCCACCUAUGAACGUUGUUAACUUUUCUGCUGCUCAUAAUUCUCCACCAUUGAACGUUGUUAACUCUUCUGCUGCUCACAAUUCUCCAACUUUGAAUGUUGUUAAGAAUGCCGACAAUUUCAUCAACUCUUCGACAACAUUUAGCGAAUUCCUUCAAAAUCUAAGUGGAUGCAAUUUUUCAACGUUGACAAAUAAUUUGAUGAGCAACGAUGGACUUCUUCAGGAUAUGAUCAUGCCAUGGGAGAUGAGAGGAGCUUCGAGUGAAGCUGGAGCUGGAGCAGGAGCAGUAUCUUGAAGAUGAAGAUGAUAAAUAUAUGCUUAUGUUUUUCAUGUUGGAUUAAAGAUAUUUAGUAAUGGUAUUAGUUUAUUUCAGUGACAUGUAUAUUAAUUUAUAUCAUAGCCAAUAAUUUAAGGUACUCAAACUUAUGGUGAUGAUGAUGAUGAUGAAAACUCUAUGAGUCUGUUCCUCUGAGUUGCUUUGAGUUUUGGAGACCGAAAGUCUGAAACCACACUUGGGUUGGCAUUUGAGACUUGAAACUUUUUAAUUAGAGUUUGCUUAAUAUAAUGACUAUA